CUAAACCCAGAAGGGUCAAGAACAAUGGAGGGAAGUGGCCGAGCUGUCACAGGCCUGGUUUCUACCUUCCCAGCCUGGCCAGGCUUCCUGCCUCUGUGGAUACAAUCAGGCCCCCACCCCUCCCCGCCUCUACUGAGAAGGGGUGGGGUGGGUACUGAGGUUCUUCCUCUCCUGGGCCAGUUCUAAGCAGCACACUGGCUGAUAAGAACCUUCCAGCUGACUCUGCCGGUGACUGGCACCAUGAAGGACGACGUGGCUCUUCUGGCUACUGUCACCCUCUUGGGAGUUCUGUUGCAAGCCUACUUCUCCCUGCAGGUGAUCUCUGCGCGCAGGGCUUUCCACGUGUCGCCGCCACUCACUUCUGGACCUCCCGAGUUCGAGCGCGUCUUCCGAGCCCAGGUGAACUGCAGCGAGUACUUCCCGCUGUUCCUCGCCACGCUCUGGGUCGCCGGCAUCUUUUUCCACGAAGGCGCCGCAGCCCUGUGCGGACUGUUCUACCUGUUUGCGCGCCUCCGCUACUUCCAGGGAUACGCGCGCUCGGCGCAGCUCAGGCUGGCUCCUCUGUACGCGAGCGCGCGCGCGCUCUGGCUGCUGGUGGCGAUGGCCGCGCUGGGUUUGCUGGUCCACUUCCUCCCCGGCACGCUACAGGCAGCGCUCUUCAGAAGACUUCAGGCCCUCCUGCAGAUGGCUUGAGGCGAAGGACCUCCGAGUCAGCGCUACCGGAGAAGAGCUUAGAGCAAAACGCAGGGGUGCCCGCUUCCGAAUCUCAGUUUCUAAUUAAAGCUCCCACGACUGUCCCGCCUACGUUCUCUGGGUCGCAGAAGGUUGCUUACCAAGGGCCCCAUCCCCCGACGUAGCCAGGCUUUGGGAGGCGGCAUAGGCUUGCUUGGAUUGGAGCUUCUCUCACUAUAUACGCUCCUCCAGACAGCACCUUGCCUGCUCCAUUACCUCUGCCUUGACAUUUAUUUCCAGAGAUAGCCACCCUUCACCCUCCUUUCUGUGCUUCCUCUCAGGCUGAACCUCAGCUGCUGGGAUCUUGUGUGCCUUGUUGUCCUCCACUCCCAGCCCCGACCUCACAACUAGAAUCAGUUGGUCUUUCCCCAAGUGAGAACUGGGGAACAGCCCUAGAUCUCCAACAUCAGAUGAGUGUAGGUGUUCACGGUCCCUGAGGAGGCCCACAUAGCAGUGAGCUUGACCAGGAAUGUAGUCAGCGAUACGUUCUCUGAAGUGGACCUCAGGGUGCUUGAGGAGGGCCGGACUUGAGGAAGGUUGCUGACAAAACAUCUCUAAAUGACUUUCUUAUCCUAGCUGGCCAGGGAAAAUGCUUCUCAAACAGGCCCGACAUCGUGUGCAAAGGCCCUGAGGUGGGUGGAGAUGGCCCAUUUAUUUUAGAGAAGACUAUAGUCUCUAAAUGAGCCAGAUGCUGUAGUUCCUGGUUAUAAUUCCAGUACUUAGGAAGCU